AUGCCGGCUCCGCUGGUUAAAGUCUUGCAUCGCUUGCAGGAGCUCUUCCAUAACGUGGUGGCCGCCCUCGAGACGAUGAUUUUGUUCCCUUCACUGUUCCGCGGCUUCAGCCAUCGCCGGCGGAAGCCCUUCCUCGGCGCGCACUGGCGCCGUCGCACGCUCGAUGAUUUCACCGAGGAGGUCGACUCACUGUUCACCACUCCGCUAUCCACUCCCAAAAUGCUCGAUAUGUCAGAGAAGAUUCGCGCGCAGUUCCGCCAUUGCCUGCAGAACAGCCCCGUCUGCAUGCUGCCCUCAUACAAUCAUGCCCUGCCCACCGGAACCGAACAAGGCACGUUCCUCGCACUGGAUGUGGGUGGCUCGACCUUCCGGGUGGCCUUGAUCGAGUUGCACGGUCGUGACCAGGAGAUGCGUAUUGUUAAGGUGUCGUCAUCGUACAUCGAUAAUAGCAUUAAGCUGUUGGAAGGAACCCUGUUCUUUGACUGGAUGGCGGGCGAGAUCGACACUAUGCUGAAGGGAGUGGGUACCGACUACGGGCGCGGUUCCGUCGCCCUGCCGAUGGGUCUGUCCUGGUCAUUCCCGGUCGACCAAACCUCAUUGAGUAGCGGACUCAUGAUCCAUAUGGGUAAGGGCUUCCACUGCUCCAAUGGUACUGUUGGCCAGGAACUCGGCGAUCUUUUGAUCCGGUCCUGCCGCAAGCGCGAUCUGAACGUAGAGAUGGCUGCCAUUGUGAACGAUAGCUCGGCCGCGUUGCUGUCGCGCGCCUACGUGGACCCGAAGACUCGUAUGUCGCUCAUUCUUGGAACUGGCACCAACAUGGCCAUUCACUUCCCCGUUCAUGAAAUUGGCCGCACCAAAUUUGGCGUCCGCCCGGAAGGAUGGUUUGACUAUGCCAAACACGUCAUUAUCAACAGUGAGAUGAGCAUGUUUGGAGGUGGAGUGCUGCCAAUGACCCGCUGGGAUGAUGUGCUCAACCGUACACACCUGCGUCCGGACUAUCAGCCUUUGGAGUAUAUGAUCACGGGUCGAUACCUGGGUGAGAUUGUCCGCUUGAUCAUUGUAGAAGCAGUUGAGACCGCCGGUUUGUUCGGCGGGGAGCUGCCGCACUCCAUGCGUGAACCGUACUCUCUCGACACCAGCAUUGUGGCCUUCAUUGAGGAAGAUUCAACAGUUUCCCUCUCCGCCUCUGCUGCUCUCUUGCAAAAGGAGCAUACGUUCCCCAGCUAUCCGUCUGUUGAGGACCUUCGCUUUCUCCGCCGCGUCUCUCAGGUUGUGUCCCACCGCGCCGCUGGCUACCUCGCAACUGCCAUCCACAGCAUGUGGUGUCUGCACAACGAUGUUGAAUUCCCAGCCCCGGCCGUCUCUGAAGUCAAGGAGUCUCCCGAAGUCACCGUUGUCGAGAAUGACGAACCCGCCAAAAUGAUGUCGAUCGCUUGUGAUGGUACUGUCAUUAAUAAGUAUCCCGGUUUCCGCGACACAUGCCAGAAAUAUCUGGAUCAGCUGUCGGAACAGUCGCAUCCCAGCUCUGACUCCGCAAUCCGUCUCGACCCCGCCCCUGAGAGCGCCAUUCUCGGCGCCGCUGUGGCGGUGGCCGUUGCUGUGGCUGAGAAAACCGAGCAGCAGUAA